UCGAUUCUUUGCCGAAGUUUUCCUUCCAAAACGUCUAUGACUCGUCCAACUAUACGGUAAUGCAAGACAUGUUGCAAUUGCAUGAAAAAAUUGCAUCGUGCAUGUAACAGUGCUUCAACGCAUAAGCAGGUGACCAUCCUAAUUUGGCAUUCGAGAAUCAAUUGCGAGUUGCGGUUACCAUACCAGUGUUUAUGCAUUAAUUUAAAAAUAACAACUCUUAAAAACUUGCUAUUAACGAGCGCGUAAUAUAUAAAGUAGCAUAAACAGUUGCUAUAGCGGUCAAUAUUUCGAAAGCACAACAACUUUGCAUCAGAGACUUUCGGAUUACUCAAGAAACAAAACUUUUCUUGAAGAUGGCAAACAAUGUCCAAACAGCAAUACGGGUGACCGUUUGUUUAGCAGGCUUGGGUAUACUCACAAUGGGAGUUCUGUUAUUAGCAUCCGGAAUUAUGAUAGCAAAUCUAUUGAAGGACAUCGGAUUAUUCUCAGGAUUCGAGACCAGCUGUCAGUAUUGGGCUGGAAUACCGAUAAUCGUUACUGGAAUCAUGCUUCUUCCAACAGCCUGUGUUACACGCUAUCGUAUUUUGAAAUACGCAAGUACAUGUUGUGUCCUGACAACAAUGGUUUUAUCACUGAUCGUGAUUGUGGAAGAAUCAUCAGAAAGCGCCACUGUACGCUCUAUGAUCGACGGAAUGAUUUGCAAAGAUAUAGACGAAUUAGAUAUCUUUAAUAUGGUUGAAAAAUGUGAUACACUCAGGUCCGCCCAUUCCUGGUACAAUAUUAUGCUGUUCACGUCAGCUAUUGCGAUUGUUUUGUGUAUAACUGUUCUUUUCGCUUUGUUUGCUGACUGGAUCCUGUUCGUGGCAAUGAAAUCUUCCUACAGAGAAUAUUUGGAGUCCAUGGAUAGCCACGCACAUCCUCACACAGAUUACACAAGAUUUUGCGCACCAGACGGGCUGGAACAACCAAUAUGGAAUGCUCGUUACGAGGGUGGCGGAAUGCCCCUGGGACCAGUUUGAAAAUACUCUCCAAAUCAGAACGAACUAUUAUUAUAUACAUGCAUUGAUCUACUUUGCUCGUUAAAUAUUGUACCGUCAUACAUGUAUAACACUAAUUAAAUAGCUAUAAUGUAGGUCCAAGCGUAAUAAGCAAUAGCAAAAGUGCUAUUCAUGAGAAAAAAUUAAAAAAAAAAGCAUUUCAGAGUUUCUUUUUGGACCAGGAACUGGUCCCUAACCGCUGCUAAUC